AUGGCAGAUACUGUGAUUUUUGGGAGCGGUGAUUUCGCCCAGCAUUAUCCAGCUUUCAACGAACUACGCAGAGAUGGGAACUUUAUAGACGUACAUCUACGCGUAUGUUAUUGAGUUACCCGAUGUCGAUAGAUUUUUCCACCAUCUUAGCUAUUUACCUAUGCAAAUGUGGCAUAUUUCAGCUGAACCAUUCCCUUCAGGCGGUAUAAAAGAUGCCCGCGCAUCUAGCAUAGAAUCACCCAUUUUACGCCGUUUCCACGAUUGCACUGUUUUUGUACGAAUUCGCCAGACCAUGCAUGCACUUGAAUUUGACUUUUCCUCCUAUCGAUAGGAGGAAAUAAUACGGUGCAAUUAAGCGUACUUCAGGCGUAAAGCGAACAAUAAAGGAAUAAGUAGCUACUGAUUCCUCUAGUGUUCGCUCUACGUCUGAAACGCGCUUAAUUUCACCAUAUUAUUUCCUGUAGUAACUAAAUUUCGCUCCUAUCGUAGGCGUCCUUUCAUAACCGGAGUGCUUUUAACGAUACCGUGAUAAGCUAAGAGAAUUAUUUACUGUACAAUAGUCGGGUCUUAAAAGACCUAUAGGUUCCAAUGCAAUAGUAAAUCCCUUUGUGAAUAUACAAGAGUUACUCGAGGACUCUGCACAGGUGCGUAAUUCUAUACUCUGACUGUUGAGCCUUUAUGUUAUAUUUUGCCUUACGAAUGCCGGGAGUGAUAUUUUUUCUGGCAUGAUAUUACUUUACCAACUAGCAGUGUGCGAACGUCCAUAACGUUGCAUCUUUAGUCAUUCCUCGGGAUAUUUUAAUAUUUACGCAACUAGACAUUCCGAUACGCUUAGUUAUUGAAUGGUGAGAAAUGUUAACUCCAACAGAGCGAGACGGGAAACUUGGCAUUGACAUAGAUUCGGCGAAUAUUUGACCUUCGAAUUGUGGUCGUGUUCGAGGUGUAGUUGAAUUAUGUCUUGGCAGUCGCGCAUAAAAGCCGGAAUUUGCAUGUGAGAGUGCCUUUAUGGAUAACUUUGGCUUAUUAGUCUUCAGGAUACAUCUAAGGGCGCCGUACUUACUGUCAUUUAAAUUUACAAUCCUCCGUCAGACUACCGAAACUUACCCUGGCAUCCCGGAUUGAUUCUUUUUUGUACAAUGGAAUGCAGACUUGCACAACUACGUACCUUCUGCCACCGGCAGACGUCUACGAAGUUAUUGCUACAUACCUCCAAUUACGCGUAACAUCUUUUAUUGGUCUUUUCAUACGACUACUUAGGCUCUCCCUGAAGUCAUCGAUUUAAUCUUUGAAAUGCAAACCAUAUUUAAAUAUAUGUAGUUGUUGUAGGCUUGGAAAUUCGGUUACCUGAUGCCUUAGUUUUCAUCAUGCCUGCUUAUCGUAGUUUUCACUCCAUAAAAGACUGGCCAUCCCUUAGGCUAGCUGCUGGCCACCUUACACGUCCACUGGUUGUGAAUAGUGGAACAGCCUCCAGCGUAGGUUAGCUGCGAAAUAAUCAGACUCGAGUCUGGCGAAUAAACAGUCGCGGACCGGCGGAGACAGGGCUACCAGGGUGCGCAGGGCUGGGGUCCGGCACGCCAACAGCCUUAUAUAAUGCCGCAAAGCCGGAUAAUGGUACCCAAAGUCUGUCGACGCACCGUCUUCAUCAGUACAAUGUGGAUGUCUGCUGUCUGUCCGAAGUCUGAAUUCCUGAUUCUGACGCUUGGGACAUAAAGAUCCCGGGAGUCAACUUAUACUUUGCUCUGUACCACCGCGGCCUACAUGACUCUUCUGAUGAGCACAGUGUGACGAUCGCCCUCUCGCGACACGCGACCCGUGCACUACCUGCCUGGGAACCAGCCAAUAAGCAGAUGGUCUAUAUGCGACAAAAGGGUCCUAUUAUGAACAUCACCGUCGUCCCGUGUACGCACCAACAUCAGCUGCCAAACAGCGCGGUAAAGAUAUUUUUCACUCGCAGCUGCAAACUUUGGCUGAGAGAGACCCCCUCUCCGGGGUCUACUGAUUGUUUGCCGAGGACUGGAAUGGCCGAACCUGACCUGGCGACUCCGCCAACAGUCACCUUAUUGACCGUUUUGGACUUGGUUCGCAAUGCGACAGUGGUGAGAGAAUGUCGAACUUUGCUGAUCGAAACCGACUGUUUGUCACCAACACAUACUUCCAACAUCACCACAAGCAUCUGCUAGCCGGGUGCUCAAAAGAUGGUCAUACGGCCAAUCAGAUCGACUGCAUUCUAGUCAGUUCAAGGCUCCGAAGGUGAGUCAACAAUGGCAGAUCGAUGCGUGCUUCCAAAACUGGCAGCGCCCAUGGGUCGGACAAUGCUCUUGUUCGCACACGAUUGAAAUUUCACCUCCUCUCCACCCAAGACGCCGCGUGCGAGACGCUUAGAUGUUAUAAUCUGACAGCCAAGCACUACUGAAGCCCUGAGCUGAGAAGUCAGGUCUUGUUUUGCAACCCGCGCCGACGCAGAAGACGGUAGUCAGUGGUCAUCCUUAAAGUCAUCGGUUUAUGGGAUAGUUGAAACAGCGACCUCCAUGGAACGGACCUCAAAUGAUGGUGACAUUCUGAAACUGUAUCGAAUUAUCUGCCAAAGUAGUGAUAAGUCCUCGACACCGAGCGACUCUGUUCGCAACGUUAAUGGCGUAUUUAUUGCUGACAACUUGACGAAGAUCGAUCGCUGACAUGAACGCUUCGAGCACUUACUCAACUUCGAUGACCAACCUUUCAGACCCUCGCUCUCCUCUGCAGCGUAGUUUAACUACUUUCCGACCUAUGCAGUCUUGUGCAACGCCCUUCUGAAGAAGAAGUCUCGAAUUCAACACAAAGGCUGCGCAACAACAGAGCACUCAGAGAGGACGGUAUUCCCCCGGAAAUCUGCAAGUGGCGCCCUGGCUCCAUAAGGUAAUUGAACAAAUGUGGAGAUAUGAGGUUGUUCUCGAUGGCUGGUGCUUGGGCAUCCUUGCGCGUGUUUUCAAGAAGGGUGACAAGACAAGAUGCGAGAAAUACUGCGGUAUAAGCCUCAUCGACGUUGCUGCGAAGGUCUUCGCCGUCAACCUUCUGGAGUAAUCCCAGGCCGCACGCGACUCUAGAGCGAGGCCCUGUCAGACCGGAUUCCGAGCUGGACGUGGAUGUGCGGACCAAAUAUUUGCACUCAGACGCAUUCUUGAAUUCUGUCAUCGCUACCAACAACAGACGGCCGUCUGCUUCGUUGACUUCGCCGCUGCGUUUGAUUCCGUUCGUGAGUCCCUUUGGCGAAUAAUGGAAGCAGACGGUACGCCGGCCAAGAUCAACACCAUGACCAAGGCACGAUUUCUAGUCCAUAACAAUCAUUCCCAGCCGUUCGAUAUUCUGUCUGGCAUUCGGCAAAGUCGAGUCCUGUCUCUCAUGGAUUAGAUUCUGACGAACGUCCCACAGGAAGUCGGCCGCCGGUUGACCGAUAUCGACUACGCUGAUGAUAUCGCCUUACCAGCAUCAGGCCUUGGUGGUCUACAGUCUAUGAUGUCACGAGUGAAUGAGGUCGCCGAGUUCGUCGGUUUAUCCAUAAACGAUGAAAGGACCAAAGUGUUUUCAAACCGUACCUCCCGAACAGGAGAAGGCACCUUUUGAGGUUAGUGGCUGUCAACUUGAAGAUGGGGAUGGUUUCAAAUACCUCGUGGCAAGGGUGCUGUCGAUUCAUCUGGCUCUAGUUUCAGAUGUUUUAAACGUUCAAAGGACUGAUUAACAGAGGCCACUGUUGUUGGCGAUCCUUCUGCCAAGAACUUAAGACGAGCAAACAUCAAUUUUGCCAAACCGUAUGUAGGAGUACCACGUAGGGAGACGAUGGGCCUAAGACCCCAACUCACAGCUUGCGGCUCACAUCGGGGAAACUGGCCGCAGUUUUGAUUUUCAAGGAACAGCCGUCUUAGGCAGGCGCACCUCGAGGACUGAGCGUCUCACACUUGAGGCUUGGUACUCAGAUGCCAACUCCCUAAACAGGCAUCUAGACCUUCCUUCGGCCUAUAAAGUCCUACGUCAUUACAUACGCCGUGACGAAGACAAGACAAUCAUACGGAGCCUAAGAAUACCGAGCAAGCACGGCCUGUCGACCACUUCACCCAAAAGGGGAACGCAAACGCAAUUAACCCCAGGUGAAGUGACGACAUGUAAUACAGGAGGCCACCAAAGCUCACAGGCGACGGACAGUAGGCUAAGGCAGCGAAAGAAGAUAAAAAUCGGUCAGCCCAAGGCCAACUAAUACGGCGAUCUAUUCAAAAAUUCUGGUCGAUUUUUUCAGUUGACGCUCUGACAAAGGAGAGAGCAGCCCCGGCUCUUCGAAACGUCUGCCAGAAAAGUCCGCCGAUCCGGUGAGCAAUUCAUUUUCCUCAAGCUGGUAUAUUUUUGUCCUUAGCACUGCCUUUCCUCGACCUCAUUCCCUGGAAGAAUCUUUAUUCCUGCGCAUACUGCUAUUGUCCAAGGUUGUUGUGGAAGGCCAUUCCUUCUUAGUUAUUAAGAAAAUACUAGGAAGAAUACUGCUUCUUCUCAGAGGUGAUAGAACUGACCUUUGGGCAAAAGGUGAGCAAUCUUUGUCUUUAAUCUGGCAGGUACCGAGCCAGGCAAAACCAUCCACCCAAGUCGAUUGUAACCCCCAUGCAAACGGAUUGCCGCAGGAGCCUAGCUUAUAUAGCAGAAAAGUGGAGAUAUAUGAAUUCCAGCUUUUUAAAUUUUCAAAUUACCAUGUUCUCUUCAUAGGAUAAGGGGAGUAGUAAUUAAUAAUGUCCUGCACCUCUUCAAGGGCAACUAUUUUCUGUACUUAUUUUCUCGUCUACAAGGUACGUCGCAUUCCUGACACAGAAAUAUUUUUACCAAAGCCUAAACCAGCGCUCCGUCAUAUUGUAGAGUGGCGAGCUUAAAAUACCAGCUCAUCGGUUAAUCCUGGCCUCCAGAAUCCCUUUCUUUCGGCAACUCGUGGAUGGUCGCCUUCCUGCAAACCAUGAUUUUGAGCUGAUACUUAACGAGGUUUCCCCAAGGUAUGCAGCAUUUAAUUCCCCACAAACUUUUUUAAAGCAUACUAGAAGCUUUUGUGGAAUACGCUUACACCGGCCAAAUGGCAAUCUCCUUGAACAACGCGCUGGAAACACUGAGAGCUGCAAUGUUUCUUGACGUAACCACUGUGAGGGAUUUUUGCCGACAACUCAUUCAAUCGCAGUAAGUUAUUGGUUGGAUGCCCCGUUUUCGUUCCCGCCUUUUAAUGGUUUAACUACUGGAAAUGGUGCACUACCUGCAUAUGCUAUUGUGUAGUGGUUGGACAGCAUUGAUAUAAGUGUCUGCCGACACUGCCCUUUGUUUACUUCUUUGAGCUUGUCGGGAUACCUAAAAGCAAUGUACGGGUAACACCAUUUGGGGUGUUCAUUUCUUCGUAAGAAAGGAAAUCUCAGUAGCUUAUUAUUUUUUAAGAAACGCUGCUUUCCCUUGCAGCUGUUGCAGGUAAGCAGCGUCUUACCUUGGACUAUUACGACCUGGGAACAGCAGAGGGUUGCGAAAAAGGGGGCACUUUCGCAGAGGAGUUUAGGACAAAAAGUGGCCCGAGAUGUUUCUUCCGUCGCUGAUUUAGAAGAUUUUGAAGAUAACAUUUACCACCAGGAUUAUACUUGGACGAUUUGCGUCAGUCAAGAAGGGAACGUCACUCCCCUUCGCAGCUUUUUAGUUUACGUCCCUUGUGCUAAAGAGCUGUAAUCCAUUCACAGGUCACUAUGGGUGAGUUUCGGACACUACACUUUCCUAAAACUUCCUCUCUUUUAUGUAGGGAGAAAAAAGAAAUGAAUACCAUGCGAACCCGUUGGUAA